AAGACUAUUUUACAAACUCUGCUGAAUGCUGUGUUGUAUUGCACUGCUCUGAAGAUGAUUUCAUAUUGCCCCAUAUGUGGAAAGCCUGUUUACUUUGCUGAGAGGAAACGUUCUCUAGGCAAAGACUACCAUCCCCUUUGUCUGAAGUGUUACCACUGCAAACGGCAGCUCAGCCCUGGCCAGCACGCAGAGUAUGAUGAUAAGCCGUACUGUAAUCACUGCUACCUACAGCACUUUGGACCCAGAGGAACAAGAUGGCCAACUUUGUACUCAUCUCUCAGGGCAGCUUCUUCUUCCAAGGUUCCACUGGAAAACCAGAAUAGCUCCUAGACAUCCCUUAUUUAACAUCAAAGCCUUGGAGGACCAUUACUGGACCAAGAUAAAGCAGCAAAAUGCCACUGAAUUUUUAUCCACAGAGUAAGAAAAAAGUGACUGAAAAAGAAUGUUGCUUUUGAGAAUGGCUGAUAAUCCAAAAAAUCUUAAAAGAGGGUCCGCUUCUAAACUGAAAUUGCAUUUACUGCAGAUUAAAAUUAUGCAAUGACAAAUGUAUUUUAAUGAGCUAUGAUGAAUUUUAAUAGGGUAUACUCUUGUUACUGCACACAUUCAGAAUAUCAAUUUGUUUUGUAAUAAUUUGGAAAUCGUUGUUUUACUCAUUGGAUAUCUGAAUUGACAAGAGUGUGAAUAAUGUUCUUUGUAUUGAUACUUUGUACUUCUAGGUGCAAACUUUUUCAGCACUGAUCUGUCAGUGUUUCCUGUUCAGAAACACUGACAGGUAAACAGCUCUGGCAUUGAAAUCUCUCUACACCACUGAUUCCAGCAUGAUAAAAAGCUGGCCACUAAGGAUCCAUGAAAGCUGUGAUUAUUCAGAUUUUUCCUGCUUCCUCUGAUGAUCUGUGACUAUCUGACUGGCAGCUAUGAAGAAGAAGAGGUCUUGGUUAUUCUACUUGUAAAGGGGUCAUCCCUAUUAUGAUGCAGUGGGUUUUCAUGAUUGCAUGAGCUGGGCAUUGGAACAGCAGCCCCAGCAGGGACAGCAAUGCACACCUCUGCAUGUGCCAAGUUAUAGGGGCCUCUUGAAAUACCUCUAGCCCUAAGUUCCUAUCCUUUUCUCGUGGCAGAAGCCCUUAACUUGAAACAUGUGAAAUGAAAUAUAGUAGACAGUAGAUCAGGACCUGCAUUCUAAGUUUUUCAUUUGUUUCCACUAUCAAGUGCAGUGCCUCAUUAUUAACUGAUAAAAGAUUGCAGACAUCUUUUCAGUUAACAUUAUAAAUUCAUUUAACUGGAUUCACUUAACUCAUCCCGUUUCCCUCAUACUUCCAUUGUGCUGAAUUAUCAAACAUAGAGGAAAUUCACAUCACUAUGCACUUAUAUAAAUGUAAGGAAUACCAAAUCAUCUGUUGUUUUUUUUUUUUAUAUGAAAGCAGAGUAAUUAACAGAGAAAGUAAUGCAGACUAGCAAACUUUGUCCUUGUACUGAACUCACACCUUGUAAAAUAAGUGAUGGAUUUUUAACAUGUGCCAUAGAUUUCAAUAAAUUAAACUAGCUUGAAAAUUCCCAGUUACAUGGGGGGGGAGCAGGGUUGCAAUAGUUAUCAUUGUGAAUAAGUGGUUGUAACAUUUUGAUAUAUGAAAUAGAAUUUUCUACAAUUUGCAAUGUGGCGUUUCAAAAUGUAUUUCACUAUUAUUAUUGUUUUAGUGAACCGUCUCACUAUUAUUGUCAUACUAUUGUAGGCGGUAGGUUCAUAUUAUACUUUGCAUACAAAAUAUUUUAGGGUUACCUACUGCCCUUCUUGAAUUUUGGCUACUGACACAAGCAAGCAGUGAACACACAAAAAAAUUGCUCUUAGCAACUCUUAAGUCGUUAAACUGAGUUACAGAAACAGAAAACUUUUCCUUGUAGAUUUUCUGACCCUAAUUUUUCCAAUACCUCAUGUCAUUAAUUACAGCUGGAUGAGCACAGAAAAUAAAAG